CGCCUUUCCCGCCCGCUCCGCCAGCCUGCGGUCGCCCGGUGGGAAGUGACGGAGGGCGCCUGGCGGAAGUGACGCGCAUCGCGUGCAGGCCCGGGCCGGUGUGUGUGUGUGUGAGUGUGUGGGGAAACCGGAGAAGAUGGCGGGAUCCACAGUUAAAGUACCUCGUAAUUUUCGCUUGUUGGAAGAGCUUGAAGAAGGGCAGAAGGGAGUAGGUGAUGGUACAGUAAGCUGGGGCCUUGAAGAUGAUGAAGAUAUGACACUGACCAGAUGGACAGGAAUGAUUAUUGGGCCACCAAGGACAAACUAUGAAAACAGAAUAUACAGUCUGAAAGUAGAGUGUGGACCUAAAUAUCCAGAAGCACCUCCUACAAUUAGAUUUGUAACUAAAAUUAAUAUGAAUGGAAUAAAUAAUUCCAAUGGAAUGGUGGAUGCACGGAGCAUACCAGUGUUAGCAAAAUGGCAAAAUUCUUAUAGCAUUAAAGUUGUACUUCAAGAGCUAAGACGUCUAAUGAUGUCCAAAGAAAAUAUGAAGCUUCCACAACCUCCAGAGGGACAAACUUACAACAAUUAAUUUUAGCUGAUUCUCAAACUUCUGUCUUAAAACAACAACCUUCUACUCAUGUUAAUGUCUUGAUUAAAUCUCACAAUGCAAACACCCACACAUUAAAGAAUUUCAGCUGGUGUACAUGACCUGGACAUUUGUAAGAAUAUAUAUAUUAUAUGUAUGCCCAAUAUGUUUUCAGGCACUAUGGGAGAAAAAGGCAGCACAAUUAUUUUUAUUUUAUUUUUUUUUAAUCGAGGCACUGUCAUUUAAGCAUAAGCCUGAAAUAGCCUAAAAUUGGAAUUCAGGUCUUACAAGAUGAAAGCAUGACGGGAAGUGUCAGAUUGGUGUGGAAUAAUACAUGUUUCUGAAAAUUAUCUCUUGAGAAGGCAAAAUAUAAAUGGCAUGCUUUAUCCAUCUUGCUUAGUAAAAGAGCUGCAGGUAAAUUUGUUUUAAAGUAGCAGGUACAGUGAAAUACCAUUGCUCAUCUUGUUUAAUUUUGCAAGGGUGUGGGUGCCGACUACUAGUAGUGUCACAAAGUAUGUUCAGGAUUGUUUUGAUACCUGUAUUUAUAAAAUGGGGGGAUUGAUUUCUGUUAAGCAGCUCCUGUGUGUUACAUGUAUCGGACAUGGCAAAUAUUUGUUUACAGUCUUUGUUCUAAUAAACCAUGCAUUUAAGUUUUAGUGAAACAAAGGAAAUGUAUGGAUAUGUGAUUGAGAUUAAAGUUAGUCUUAAAAUGUAAAUAAAAUGUGGAAAGUGUC